GGACACGAACCACAUCUCAGCAACCAGUGGCAACAUCUGUGCGUUCAAACAUGCAUUUGAAAGGUUUAACAUUUCCCUAUCUAUCUGUCAAAGUUUCAUUCAUUUUGGUUGACAUAUAACGAAGAUAUCACAGUUCAUGUUAAACAAGAUUUUGGUCGAGGUAGAAAUUUUAAUAUGGAACAAAGAGCAGUGAUUAAAUUUAACGCAAAACUUGAUAAAAGUGCAUCAGAAACAUUCCGAUUGAUGCAACAAAUUUACGGCAAUCAAUGUCUAGGUCGUACAGCUGUUUUUGAGUGGCAUAAGCGUUUUUUGGAAGGCAGAGAGACCCUUGAAGAUGACAAAAAAUCAGGACGGCCAAUUUUGGUUCGAACACCCGAAAUGAUCGAAAAAGUACGUAAUUUUGUUGCAAACGAUCGCAAUGCGUCACUAAAAAUGAUGGAGGAGGCUUUAAAUAUCAGUAGAGAAACGAUUCGAACCAUAUUACAUGAAGAUUUGGGUAAAACGAAGAGACAUUUCUACCUCGACCAAAAUCUUGUUUAACAUGAACUGUGAUAUCUUCGUUAUAUGUCAACCAAAAUGAAUGAAACUU